UAAAACUGUAACCGCAUGCUGUGAGAACCCCAACGGAGCGACACCGCCGCAAAGAUCCAUGGCGCAUCUAGACAUCCACGAGUACACGAUGGAGGAAGUGGCAAUACACAGCACAGCCGGCGAUGCAUGGAUUGUGCUGGGCAGUGACGGCAAGCAAAAGAUCUUUGACAUAACUGCCUUCCUCGACGAGCACCCUGGUGGCCCCGAGGUCUUGGUCGACCUGGCCGGAAAGGAUGCACACGAAGAGUUUGAGGGCGUCGGCCAUUCCAAAACCGCCCGCGACAUGGUACAACAGCUAUGUGUAGGUCGGUUAAAAGCCCAGGGCAAGAAGAAACCCAAGCGAGGACGGAUAGUCUUGCCCAUGGUGGAACCUGAAUCAAGUGACAACACGCGGGACAAUCGGUUGCUGGCGCUCAUGGUGGCCUUCAUGGCGAUAUGCUUUGGCUAUUUGAUCUCCCCCAUGGCAUAAAUAUCUCAAAUACUAGUACUUGUCCGGAAGGACUUCGUGCGGCGGACGACGUGCAGUGUGCACAUGAUCCACGACCGGGUUAUGCCCCAACUAACAUCAUUUCAAUACAAUGGGUAACCUCGACCAGUGCAAUGAAUGAAAAAU